ACAGUGCUUUUGUUUCGAAAGGGGCCGGGGAAAAUGUGCCCCAUGUCGAACAAUCCGUCGUCUCUUUGUGUCACGAUUCGAUAGUUACAGUCGGCAAGUACUUCAUUCGUGUUGGUGAUAUUGUUUUCAUCCGUCGAUAAAAUGUUCUUUAGUCUUAGCCAGGAAGCCCGCAGUAGCCUACUCUUUCACUCGAGUAGGCUAUGUAAAUCCGGAGCGCUGCGGUCGCCUGCAGCGCGAGGAUUGUAUUUGCGUUGUUAACUUGCCACUUUUGCCUUACGGCUGCAGAUCGGACGGGACGGACUCGCCUACACGCGAGCCAGUUACAGACAACGACACCGUCUUCCCUUUUUAGUUUUCAUUUCACAUUUACGCUUGAAAGGCCUCCGAGAGUUGUUUGAUGUUGAAAUGUCACAAAGCCCUUCGACUUGAUUUAAUAUAUUGUUUCAACAAGAGGAAGCGGAUAGGCUAAGUGAUGUUUUGGUACGUGGCCUGCUUUCGACCUCUCGCACUGAAACUUAACAACUGAAAUAUGGGACAAAGCAAAGGACUAUUGGAAUAGGCUGUCUUUCCAAACGGCUUUCCUAAUGUUCUGGGUCGUCUGUUUUUUUUUUAUUUGAUUCGACAUUGAUUUAUUGUACCGCAUCUCCUGACUUCAAUGGAAGUAUGUUACCAGCUGCCGGUGCUGCCGCUGGACCGGCCGGUACCGAAACACGUCCUCGGCCGGCGCGGUGCAAUCUGCCUCACCUCCAGCCAAGUCCUGUUUGGUGGACCGGCCCCUCGCCAGCUCUCAAAGAGACGAGGAGCGAUCUCGUAUGACAGCUCAGACCAAACGGCCCUCUUCAUUCGCAUGCUAGAUGUUCGACUGAGAUCUCAAACAGGUUAUACGCUCGAGCGACAGGUGAGUGCAGAGAAGAGCGAGAAGAAAGUCAGACAUGAAAGUACACAGAGACGACAACACGCACACUUCUGCACAGACUUCAGGCCUCUUUUGUGGUGUUUUGGUGUUGUUUGUGCAGCGCGGAGGGGCACUGUGAGAUCAGAAGCAGCUCAACUGGGCAGAAGUGUUCGGAGCUUCCAGAGCAACUUGCACUCACCACAUUACAGCAAACAUCACACCCAGGCCACACAUCACAUGCUAGACCAGAAGUACAUUGGCCAAGCUAAGUGUAUGCUGCAGAAGGUCGGAAGCUGGAACUUUGAUAUUUUCCUGUUUGAACGGCUUUCAAAUGGAAAUAGUUUGGUGGACUUGACAUUUCAUCUCUUCAGUGAAUACGGUCUGAUUAAACUCUUCCGUCUGGACCUUCUCAAACUACGACGUUUCUUAGUGAUAGUUCAAGAAGCCUACCAUAGUGAAAACCCAUAUCACAAUGCUCUCCACGCUGCUGAUGUCACACAGGCCAUGUACUGCUACCUACAGGAGCCACAGCUCUCUGAGUCUCUGACAUCCUGUGAUAUCCUGUUGGGUUUGCUGGCAGCUGCAACUCAUGAUUUGGAUCACCCAGGUGUCAAUCAAACUUUCCUUAUCAAUACCAACCAUUACCUGGCCUCACUUUACCAAAACACAUCUGUACUGGAGAAUCACCACUGGAAAUCUGCUGUCAGCCUGCUUAGAGAAUCAGGUCUUCUGUCCCAUUUCCCAUCUGAAGACAGGCAGUGCUUGGAGACAAGGUUGGGUUCUCUGAUACUGGCAACUGAUAUCAGCAGACAGAACGAAUAUCUUAGUGAGUUCAGAACUCGCCUGGACCGAGCAGAGCUGCACAUGAACAACAGCCAGGACAGACACUUCAUACUUCAGAUGGCACUGAAAUGUGCCGAUAUCUGUAACCCAUGCAGACCCUGGCACCUCUGCAAACUCUGGAGCCACAAAGUUACUGAGGAGUUCUUUAAUCAAGGUGAUAUUGAAAGAAGGCUGAAUUUGGACGUGAGCAUUUUGUGUGACAGAAACUCCAACAGUGUGGCAAAAAUACAAAUCGGGUUCAUAUCUUUUGUGGUGGAGCCGUUGUUUGUGGAAUGGGCUCGAUUCUCAGACACACCUCUUUCCCAUGUUAUGCUGGGUCACAUGACUUCUAAUAAGUUCAACUGGACUCACCUACCACAGAAGGAUCUGAGAGGAACCACCCAGAGCACAUUCUCUUAAGCUCUACCUCAGGGCAGCCUGGGACCAUAAUCUCUUUAUACACACAGAGAGAAAAAAUUAUAAAUACUGCAUCAAUGGCAGGGAGGUUAAGAGACUGAAGCACUGCCAGCCCCAAGGAGCAUACACAUGCUUCUACACACUUCCCACUUCAGUCAACCACUAAUAUUAUUAUUUUAAAUAUAAUUUAUUGUAUUUAAUGAGUGCUUUUUCUUCCUAAACCUAGAGCAAUAUGGAGAUACCUCACACUGCCUGCUCUUCCAGUGCUCCUUAACAUGAUCUUGUUUAAUUUAUUUUGUGUUUGAAACAGUUGGAAGACAUUAAGGGAAUAGAAACCCAACACACUUGCAGACAGAGUCAGGGAGCUGGGGGAUGCAUGUGCUCCUCUGGACAGCUGUGCUAAUGUUCUACACUCACAGUUGAACUUUGCAAGUGAUUACAUGUGUUGUGCAGUAUUUCUUUCAUCCAUUUCUUUCAUCCCUCUUUCACAACACACAAAAAUACACUCACACUGAAGUGCACUGAUGCAAUUAAUGCCAUAAAACAAGUUUGUUUCUGUCUUUGUACUGUGAACCAUGACCAUCUUGGUCACGCACAUCACAGCAUGAACCAGCACUACUCCUGUCCCUGCUACUAUGAAUGAAAACAUAUGUAUGAGUGCCCACGUGUGCGCACGCACACACCGAAAUAGAGUGCGAAUUUUAGUUUUUGUUUGUAAAUCCAGCCUGCAAUGUGAGUUUGCCUACAGAGACUGCACUCUGGGUAGGGCACACCACUGAUUAGAGAGCAGCUACACACCUCACUGUUAUAAAGAAUUAUAGCAAUGUUUAUAAAGACAGCAAGGCUCUGCAAGUUAAUAUGCCUCAUACAGACAAUGAUUCCCAGUGGGCUCUAAAGUAUAUAUUGUUUUUAUAAAAGCUCAAAAGAGGGAAGAGUUUGAGAACUUGGCUGAUUUAUAAGCUAUGCAUAAGGCUGAGUGACCAAACAUGUCAUGUAGAGAGCGCAACACUCUUUUUAUUUUGUUGUUUUAAAUUUGAUAUUUGCCACAUUAUUGAUAUGCUGUUAAUCCAUUUUCUUGUCACUCUAAGCUUGGUUUAUCCCCCACUGCACAAGACAGUUUGUAUUGUUAGUCUAGCAUGAGUCAUUGCCUUUCAUGACAUUUUAAUAAAGCCUGUUUAGAUGUAAGGAGUAUUCACUCAAGAGAUACUCCAAACACAUGCAGCCAGAUUCUCUUAUUAUUUUGCAUUCUCCUAGUGUGUACUAGGAGCCUGAGUCAAAAAUGCUGUUUACCAUUUUGUGAGAAGUCCUUUUUGAGUAGAAUCUUAGCAGACUGAAGGAGAGCCAUUUCUAACUUUUUGCCAAACUGGUUUUGAUACAUGCCCAUUGCGGUAACAUUUUCUUUAAUAAAAUGAAAAUUGACAGAAAA